AUCAACAUACUGCAUGUUGUGUAACUUUACCAUAUUUAUUGUAGAUUGUUUGGAUGCAGAGGACAACACAUCAGACAUUGGUGUAGGGAACUCAUUUGGUGUCUUGCAGCUGUCAAAGGUUUCACUAUGAACAAUGGAAGAUGUUUACGUUACUGACACAUCAUACUAUUAUAACUAUGACAGACGAGAAGAAUUCAUCAUAGAUGUUGUGACAUGCAUAAUCAUCAGUAUUGGACUUCCUUUGACCCUCGUGGCCAUCUAUUGUCUUCAUUCUCUGGUGCGAAAGGAUCAUGUCGCUCCGAUCUACGUCAUCAACCUUCUCAUUUCUGACAUCAUUCAGUUCUGCUGCAUGAUCGGUUUUGUGGCAAAACCUGAGGUCCCGGGCAUUGAUUUGAUUUACGUCUCUAGUCUGAUGGCCAGUGUUGGCUUCAUGGUGUGCAUCGCCCUGGAAAGGUAUUUGGUCGUCGCCUGCCCACUGUGGUACCGCUCCAGACAAACCAUCAAUAUCUCCGUGGGGGUCUGUGUCCUGGUCUGGAUCCUUUCUCCCGUCUGUCUCAUCACUCUGGUUUUCUGUUUUUCUUUAGAGUUCCCAGUCAUCAUCUUAUACAUAUUAGUCCUCCUUCCCCUCCUACUGCUCAUAUUCUUCCUGGGUGGGACCAUCGCAGCCCUGUCUGCUUCCAUCUCAGUUCCCGCUGAUGAAAAACGCCGAAUUGUGGCAACAUUGGUCCUGGUGCUGCUUAUUUACACACUGCUGUUCCUGCCCAGACCCAUAUUGUUUCUGAAAGAGGAAUUCAGAUUUAACUUCCUCCCAGUCCUGUUUAAUGGGUUUCUUAGGUUGAGUCCUCUUGCAGACUUAGUUCUGUGUGUUUUCAUGAGGAAAGGGGCCAUAGACAAGAUUUUGGCCUCUGUGUGUUGUUGCAGAAUGGACAGCAAUGCUUUCAGCAGUUUAACAGUAUGAAUGAUGAAAACAUGUUUCAGCUGCACGGCUUCCGGAAAGUUAUCUGAAUGCAGAAAAGUCUUUGACGCUCAAAAUAACGACACCCAGACCCCCCACUAUGAUAUUCCCCCCCCCCAAAAAGGCAGAU